UUUUCUUUCGUUGUAGGUAAGGAACCAAUCGAUAUAGAUAGCAACACGCAGCUCGCGGAAAUGUGUUAGGAAACUAAGAAUCAGUGUGAACUAUUCACUUUCCUUUAAUUUAAGAACGAUCAUGAUCAGUUUUACUUCGGAAAAUAACAUCUGAAAGUAUUCGAUAACUGUCCUGCGGGCUUAAAACAAUGUUACUCGUUUAAGCUGAUAUGGAAAGUGAGAAACUAUUGAUGGCCGCUGGCGUAACAGCGGCUGUUGUUGUAGGCGCAUUCGUUUUUUGGGGCCCUUCGGGCACGUCGAGAUUGCGUCAACGUCGCGGACAGAUUGCUGGUCUUCAUAACUUCGGUAAAACUUGCUUCCUUAACACUUUGCUACAAGCGCUAGCCGCCUGCCCUCACUUCAUUGCUUGGCUACAGCUGCAUAAUACAAAGGAGAAGAAGAGCCUCGUAUCAUCUCUGCAAAAUGUAUUAGAAGUGGUAAACGGGACCCAUCCUACACUGAGAGGCGAUCCCUACGCACCGGGUGCUGUAAUCCGGGCUCUGAAUUCGUUAGGCUGGGUUAUCUCGCCAGAGGAACAUGACGCCCAUGAAUUACUGUUGGUGUUGCUUAAUUCGCUUGAGGAAGAAGUUUCGAAGCCGCGCAAAAUUGGUUGUCUCUCGGAUGCGCUCGAUUAUGAUAAAGGAUGCCCAACGAUGCCUGCCCGUCCAUCUAGCGCAAUGCUAUCGGAUUUCUGUAACGCCGAGUACGGCGAAUCGACUAACUUGAUGCGCUACUCUCGAUCGGAAGCUCACACUCCAGAUUCGCCGCAUUCUGUGUGUACUGAGCACGAAGAAUCGCAAGACAACUCGCUGGCGCUCGAGUACGGCACAUCUGCAUUGAUUACAGCCGCCUUGGGUGCAUCUAGUCACCCAUCGUGUCAGGAAACAGACAACCUGCUGCAGGCGCCCGGUCACAAUCAACAUUCGGUCUCAUAUCGCUCUCUCGAGAGGCUCAAUCGUGGACCUGGCCGAGUUUCAGUAUGGAGUGAUCGGCAGCAGAACCAAAUACCGCAUCCAUUUCGCGGCGGACUUGGAAGCCAGUUGUGUUGCUCCGGGUGCGGCCAUAAAUCGACUGUACGGUACGACAAAUUUGACAGCAUUACGCUCCCUUUGCCAUCGACUGUUACACCUGGUUUAGGGCUUGGAAAUCUUCUAUCUGACUUCAUACAACCGGAAUCUAUCGCUGCGGUACUAUGUGGAACGUGUGGUGAGACUGAGACACACACGAAAACACUCACCUUUAGUAAAUUGCCCGCCUGUCUGUGCAUACAUAUAGCUCGCACCACGUGGCACGCAAGUGUUGGACGAGCACAGAAGCGAAUUGACAAUGUGCAUUUCCCAGAAACAUUGUCCAUGGCACCGUAUAGCUUCGUGCAGCCUGGCUUGAACAGCAAUAUCGGUACACCAUGGGGUAGCACCUCCUCCCUAUACCACAUCGGAAUGAACGGCACGCCACAAGAUACGGGGAGCCAAAUGGCUGAUAGCCAACCGGACUAUUACGGUGGAACUAGCGACGGUGGGGUGGCAUCUAACAUGAAUUUCAGUUCUUACACAUUCGGUGCUAUGUUCCCGCGGAAUCUUUACCGACUUCUUGCCGUUAUAGUGCACUCCGGCGAGGCAAACGAAGGUCACUUCGUGACUUAUAGGAGAGGAGCACUGCGAAAUUCUUACAAGUGGUACUACACGUCAGAUGCUGUGGUUCGUGAGGUUCCAAUCGAAGAGGUGCUGAACAGCUCCGCUUACAUGCUAUUUUACGAUCGCAGCACUAAAACACGCUAAAUUAUAAAUCAAUUGAUGGCAACAUGGAGAAAGCCCAAAACGCUGGAUUGGUAAUAUUUAUAUACUUGGCUUCAAACAUAAAUGUUAUGUUUGAAAUAUUGAAAGGAAUAGGCAGUUAAAAAUUUUGGGAAAACUUGCACUUCGUACAGUUAUGCGAUAAACGAUAGUUCAUCUAUAAACUGUUCAUGUUUCGCACACGGUGCUCAUAAAAAAGAGCCCUUACGUGGGCAAAAUACAAAAUUUAGGGGUCUAUUCCAGUAAGGCGAUAGCUAAGGCCUGAGGCAUUUACACCAUUGUUAGAACACGUUCAGGCGUUACCUAUCACAGGAAUAGGUACCGUAAUCUUUUUUCGAUGUACAUUAAUUCGAUUUCAUGUGAAGACUUCGUUCCGGAAUAAGUACUGGUUAGUGCUUCGUAGGUCCGUAGUUUUUGUUUACGGCUGAAUAUGCUGAAGGUUCCAAAUUCACUAGCUUUCACCAGUGAUUGUUAAAUGUAAUUAGGGAAUACGCAGUAACUCAUAUAGCCCCAUUCUUCCGAUAUGUUAGCCGUUGCUUUACAAUGAUAAUUUAUGGUGUCAGUCAUAGAUAGAUGUUAGUUGACAGAUUUUUGAUCGGAUUAAGAUUAGGAGAUCCGUUAAACGCUUUUGUAUGCUUUUUGGUAUAUUUUGGGUGGUUGUCUUGUGUUGUCUAGUUCAGAACGCCAAUUUUUACCGAAUUUCAUCCUCGACAUAAAACAUUCAACGACAUUUUAUCUGGUAAUCUUUCAAUUUUCCAAAAUGUUACCAUACUUAAUUGCCAUGAUUAUCGGUAUGAAUAUGCAAUAUACACGCCAGUUCUCGUCAACAAUUCUGCGGCUUUUUUUUCGUUCUUUCAAAACUAAUAAUGGAAAAUGCAAUCACACUUGCCGCCACCGCAUCAUGCAUACAAUGGUUUAAUGGUACAGUGUUGUACAAAUGUCUAGAAUAACUAUUUUUGAUCACUAUAAAAUAAAAUUCACGAAAAUAUAAGUGCUAAUUUCAUUUAUGGUUUAUUUAUUUCAUUACAAGCAGCAUUUCGGUUGUCGUAUUCAAGCUGCUUUUUCAUACCACAAGACGGAAAAGCUAUAUACUGUCGACAUAUGGGCUAUACUGAAGUUUUGAGAUUUUUUUUUUCAUGUUUUGGAAUCAUUCCAUCGCUUCUUGCUGAUGCUACGGCCUCAAGCCUGCCACACAUAGGAUGCAGCAGCUACUACGAUCCGUGUAAAAUCACAGGAUGGCCGCAACUGCCGCAUCCAAAGGCGUGUGGAGCCGGAAAAAAUGAAUUGUGGCGUAAUAUUUGAAUUACGGUGUAAUUAUUUCGGUUCCGUUUUUGGUUUCUGGUGAAGUUAUGCAAAAAUACAGUGACUGUUAAGCAUUAUUUUCUUGAUAAAUAAAAAAAUAUAGUUAUAGAUUAAGAUAUUGAACGAUUGCACAUAUUUCUUCCUAAACUAUUUACUCAUUCGACUGCCGAGAGGCUACUGUACUGCAAAAAUAUAAAUAGGCUACUGUACUGCAAAAAAAAAUAUAUAAAUCCCGAAACAUGAAAAUCUUUCUCAAAACUACAGUGCACACCAUAUUUCUGAAAGUACAUACUUCCUUCUUGUGGUAUAACGAUCAAAAAUAGUUAUUGUAGACAUUAGCACAACACUGUAUUC